CGUGGAGCCCGCUCAGAGCCGGCCGGGAGCGCUCCGACUUGCAAGCGGCGCUGCUCUCCGGAGCCCGGUGCCCGAGUGACAGCCGCGGGGAGUGCAGGGCAGGGGGACACGAGAUCGCAGGGGCAGCUGCAAGCCGUUGGGCAGCGCUUGCCUGCGCCGAGCGAGUCGCCCCUUCCCGGCGCUCCGCUGCCCCGCACCCCACUCUCCCACCCCCUCUCAACUUGGGUCAAGUUGACAACUCCAGCGGCGGCCGGCCGCCGGGUGCCGUCUCCUCCGCGCGCCCAGCCCCCGGGGUGAGAGAGAGCCGCUGCACGGCUUCGGGGACACUCGGGAGGCGGCGGCUUGGCCAUGAGCGCAGCGCGCGUCGCUUAACUCACGGCUGUCACCGCCGCUGCAGCGGGACCGGCCAACCCUGCGCUCCGGGACAGGCGGGCUGCCGCCGGCAGGAGGCGCCGAGCCGGGCGACAGCCGCGGCUGGCAUUGCACAGGGCCACCGCACCGACUCGGGCGGGAGUGGCCCCGCGCUAGCAGGGAGCGGCACCGCGCACUCCAGCCCGGCGGGCACCUCGGGGCCGGGCGUGGGGCGCAGCCUUCUGACAAGCGCCUCGGGACCCGGAGCUGGGCUGCCUGGCGCGGGGUGGGCGCGGACACGGGCGCUGGGCUCGUGCGGGGCCCCGGGCGUCGCGAUGAACAUCGUGGUGGAGUUCUUCGUGGUCACUUUCAAAGUGCUCUGGGCGUUCGUGCUGGCCGCCGCGCGCUGGUUGGUGCGGCCCAAGGAGAAGAGCGUGGCCGGCCAGGUGUGCCUCAUCACCGGCGCCGGCAGCGGCCUGGGCCGCCUCUUUGCUCUGGAGUUUGCCCGGCGCCGGGCGCUGCUGGUGCUCUGGGACAUCAACACGCAGAGCAACGAGGAGACGGCGGGCAUGGUGCGCCACAUCUACCGCGACCUGGAGGCGGCCGACGCCGCUGCGCUGCAAGCUGGGAAUGGUGAGGAAGAAAUUCUGCCCCACUGUAACUUGCAGGUUUUUACCUACACUUGUGAUGUGGGGAAGAGGGAGAAUGUCUACCUGACGGCUGAAAGGGUGCGCAAGGAGGUUGGCGAGGUCUCAGUCCUGGUCAAUAAUGCUGGUGUGGUCUCUGGACAUCACCUUCUGGAAUGUCCCGAUGAGCUCAUUGAGAGAACCAUGAUGGUCAAUUGCCACGCACACUUCUGGACCACUAAGGCCUUUCUUCCUACGAUGCUGGAGAUUAAUCACGGACACAUUGUGACAGUUGCAAGUUCCUUGGGAUUGUUCAGUACUGCUGGAGUUGAGGAUUACUGUGCCAGUAAAUUUGGAGUUGUGGGUUUUCACGAAUCCCUGAGCCAUGAGCUAAAGGCUGCGGAAAAGGAUGGAAUUAAAACUACCUUGGUUUGUCCUUACCUUGUAGACACUGGCAUGUUCAGAGGCUGCCGAAUCAGAAAAGAAAUUGAGCCAUUUUUGCCCCCACUGAAGCCUGACUACUGUGUGAAGCAGGCCAUGAAGGCCAUCCUCACUGACCAGCCCAUGGUCUGCACCCCCCGCCUCAUGUACAUCGUGACAUUCAUGAAGAGCAUCCUUCCAUUCGAAGCAGUUGUGUGCAUGUAUCGGUUCCUAGGAGCAGACAAGUGUAUGUACCCCUUUAUUGCUCAAAGAAAACAAGCCUCAAACAAUAAUGAAGCAAAAAAUGGAAUCUAAGAAUCUUUUUGUAUGGAAUAUCAUUUCUAUCAGAAGAUGAUCAAGAUGGUUCAGUUCAGUGCACAUCAGCAUUAUGACAGUCUCUGAAUUCUAACCCCAUGUUGAUUUUUUUUUUAAUCAACUUUUUAAAAAAAUAAAGUGUAAUUAAC